AUGGGUAUUAGUGCAAAAGAAAAGAAUCACAAGACGAAUUCAGUUUUCUUGGGCAUGGAAAUAAAAUACAAUAGUACCUACGUGGCAUACUUAGGUUUGGCGCCUGGGGAGUCUCAGAGGCUGCUGCUAAACUCAACAAAAGUGGUUAAAACUCUGUUCAUGGACAAUCGCAUUGAAAAUGAGGCUACCAAUAGGACUGCAUAUAAUAUCAAGGACUUUGCCGCCUGCCCCUUCCUCAAUAACCGCCUGCUCUCCAAGCUUUUCUCAGUGUUCUACGAAGAAUUUGUGGGUAACUCCACUGUCUUCAAGUGUCCCAUUCCGCCGGGAGUGUAUUACUUGAAAAAUAAUGUCAGUCCAGUCGUUGUGCCCUCAUAUCAUCCACCUGGCAAGUUUCGUUUUAUUGUCCGAAUAAAGACAGAGAAGGAAGGGUCUUCUACUGUGGAGCUUAAAUGGCGUUAUCGUGUUACUAGGGCAUAA